AUGAGUGUUUCGUCUGGCAUCGGGGGAUCAAGUGGGAGUACUUCAAUGGGGGGAAGAACACUGACAAGGACCGCCGGUCAUAGGUGCAAAUGUGGGAGACAAAGUAUUGUAUAUACCUCCAAAACUGAGAGAAACCCAAAGAGGGCUUUCCUUGGGUGUCCUAAUUUCAAGGAGAAGAAGUCCUAUUGUGAUUUUUUUAGAUGGGUAGAUGACAUAUGUAAUGAACCCAUGGAGCUGGAAGAAGCAAGAAUUCACACUGUGGAGUUGGAAGUUGCUGAAAUUAAUUUCAAGUUGAGCAAGGGAGCAGUACAAAGAAAGUUAAAAGGACAUAUGCACCCAAGUGUCCUAAAUGUUGUCAGACUGGACACUAUGCAAAAAGUUGUAAGGGACCACCAUCUUCCAACAAAAAAAACAAACAAGUAA